GUUUCACGCUGAUCUCAAAAGAGUUUGCUACCCAAAGUGUUGCAAACUCUUUUGAGAUCAGCAAUGUCAAAUAUUUUAAAUUAUAUUUUUUCAUGAUUUUGUCAUGUGACUCUAAAAUAAAUGGCUAAACGUUUCGUGCGUGUUUUCAUUCGGGCUAUAUUUCAUGUAAUUUUCUACAUCUGGCGACCGUUAAUUAAAAUGGAAAUAUUACGAAAAGAAAGAGGUAUAGCCAGGAGGCUUUUUACAACCGCGAAAAACGAAUUUCAAGCUAAUUUAGAGUCAACAAAUAUCGACGAAAUCACCGCGGCCUUCAACAAACUCCAGCUUCGAGCCGAUUCCCUGUUCAACGUUGACCUACGUAUAAAAGAACAGUGGCUAAAAACGGACGAGAUGACUGAAGAUGAAAUUUAUGAAGAUUGCAUGACGAGCGAUAAGUAUCUAAACGACUGGGAGCGUAUAAAAGUCAUGUACGAAAACGUUUCUCGGAAGAACGAACGCAUGAAGAGGUCUUGCAAGUCUAGCGGCAGCGAUGUGUCGAAUAACACACAAAAAUCUCAUCAAUGUUGUGAGAAGUCGGCAUGCAAUAGUGCUUGUCAUUCAAGACGAUUCCGUCUACCGAAAUUUGAGUUACGGAAGUUUGACGGCAAUACGAAAAAUUGGAUUGGUUUUUGGUGUCAAUUUCAGAAAAUCGACGACGACGAGACAAUAGACGAUGGAGAUAAGUUUCAGUACCUUUACCAGUGCACUGUUCCAGAUACUCCAGCGCGAGAGAUCGUCGAGAGCUUUCCGCCGUCGGGAGAUAACUACAAGAAGGCUGUUGAGCAAUUGAAGUCCAGGUUUGCACGUGACGAAAUGUUGAUCGACAUUUAUGUGCGUGAACUGCUUAAUCUUGUACUAGCACAAGCAAAAGUUGAGUCCGCCUUGCCCGAAUCUGUUUUACGAGCAUGGCAGAGAUCCCAUGUACUGGAGGAGAAGGGCGACGAUCAUCUGAACCAGCUUAUGCAGUUCCUGAAACGCGAAGUGGAGUCGGAAGAGCGGAUCCAGCUCGCGCGCACCGAGAUAGCAUCGGGUGACAGUUUGCAUAGCGUUUCUACUCAACCCACCGCGGCAUGCAUGGUGUCAACGGAAGACGCAGGUAAGAAGAUUUGUUGCGUUUGGUGUGAAAAGGCAUCGCAUAGCAGCUUCGAGUGCUACAAAGCUAACAAAAUGUCGUAUGAAGCUAGGAAGGAAAUGCUAAAUAAAAAAGGAGCGUGCCUUAUUUGUUUAAAAACCGGACAUAAUGCGAAAAGGUGCAAAAAUUUCACAAAAUGCCUUUUCUGCUCCAAAUGUCAUUCUGUAUUGAUGUGCCCUGACAUUAAAAUGUCAAGUCAAAAUGAAACUGAAAAAACUUCGAAUGUUGAAACGUCAAAUUUAAAUAAUAACGUAACUCAAUAUAAGGCUAGUACUACACUGUUGCAAACGUUCAUGGCGAAUAUUAUGACCGAUAAGAAAUGUAUACGGGUACGAUGCUUUAUUGAUUCGGGUGCACAGAAGACUUAUUUACGUCGCGAUAUAAUAGAAAAUUUAGACUUGAAACCUGUCGGCAAAGAAAUCGUGUCAAAUUGUCUUUUUGGCGGGAUUGAAACUAAGACGGAACUAUUUCAUACCUACGAGUUAAAGCUAGCAAGCUUGGAUAAGAAAUUUGAAUGUACAAUGACCGCGCGAGACAAGUCUACGCUCUGCGGGUAUGUUCCUCGUUUAAAUGUAGACCAUGAGAUGUUUAAAGAGUUACAGAAAUAUAAUAUUACGCUGAGCGACGUCGGCGAUGCGGCAGCACCUGACAUCGGGCUGUUGAUCGGCGCAGACCAUGCAGGCGUGUUGCUCACUGAGAGUUUCUUAAAACUGAACAAUAACCUCGUGGCAAUAAAAACUAAAUUUGGAUGGACGCUUCAAGGACCUGUUAUGAACACAUGCAGUUUGCUAAUGAACGUAGUAUUAGAAAAUGAACAUAAAAUGAAAGAAAGUAAGAAAGUAGUGCUCGCUAACAACACUGCAGAUUAUAGUACGUUUCUAUCUACACUGACUUUCAUCUUUAAGUACAUUACAGACCUUGCCGGUCUUUCUUUUCUGCGGUCCGGAGGGAAGGUUUGGAUAAUUUUAUUCAUGUGUGCAGUUUACCGAGCCGUGCAUAUCAAAUUCACCAAACCACUAAUGACAGAAGCUUUUCUCAUAGCCUUACGAAGAUUUAUCCCGAGACGUGGAAGAGUUGACACAAAAUACACGGAUAAUUCUAACUUCCACGAAGCUGAUAAUCUUCUGAUGACUCUGAACGUGAGGAACAUUAAGAGGAAGUUUAGUUCUCCUGCAGCGCCAUGGCGGGAAAAUUGGUGGGAGCGUCUCAUACGCUCUUUGAAGGACCUCAUGAAACGAAACUUACCUUGCCAGUUCCACAGUGAUGAACAGGCUCACAGUAACGAGAACAUACAGUUGCUUAUCCAGAGGGGCAAGGAGAGGGACUCUAAUUUAAGGGUAGGUGACGUAGUUUUAAUAAAGAUGGACACAAAGCGUACUAUGUGGCUUUUAGGGAGGAUUGUAGAAACUUUCUCCGGUACAGACGGUUGCGUAAGAGUGGCUAAGAUGCGCACAACAGAUGGAGAGUUCACACGAGCAGUGCAACGCCUGUACCCACGCGAAGCACAGGCUGGCGACAUAUAGAGAAGAGUUUUGGGCCUCUUGCCCAAGGUGGGAGGAUGUUGCAAACUCUUUUGAGAUCAGCAAUGUCAAAUAUUUUAAAUUAUAUUUUUUCAUGAUUUUGUCAUGUGACUCUAAAAUAAAUGGCUAAACGUUUCGUGCGUGUUUUCAUUCGGGCUAUAUUUCAUGUAAUUUUCUACACAAAGGUUGUCUGGAAGAGAUCGCUCUUUAACGAUAAGACCGCCUGUUGUCUGCCACUACAUUUAAUCAAUUAUUUCCUAUUUUUUCUUUUGUAAUUUUCACUGAGACACCAAUAAAGAGUAUCUAUCUUUA